GCCAUGAACACCUCCACUGGCCCAGAGGCUGCCCCCAAGCCAAGUGCCAAGUCCAUCUACGAGCAGAGGAAGCGGUAUUCCACAGUGGUCAUGGCUGACGUGUCCCAGUAUCUGGUGAACCACCUGGUGACCUUCUGCCUGGGCGAGGAGGACGGCGUGCACACGGUGGAGGACGCCUCCAGGAAGCUGGCGGCCAUGGACAGCCAGGGCCGCGUCUGGGCGCAGGAGAUGCUGCUGCGGGUGUCCCCGGACCACGUGGCGCUGCUCGACCCCACCUCCAAGGAGGAGCUGGAGUCGUACCCGCUGGGCGCCCUGCUGCGCUGCGACGCCGUGACGCCGCCGGGCCGGGCCCGCGCGCUGCUGCUGCUGGUGUGCCAGGAGCCCGAGCGCGCGCAGCCCGACGUGCACUUCUUCCAGGGGCUGCGCCUGGGGGCGGAGCUGAUCCGAGAGGACAUCCAGGGGGCCCUGCACAGUUACCGCUCAGGCCGCGGCGAGCGCAGGGCGGCGGCGCUCAGGGCCACGCAGGAGGAGCUGCAGCGCGAACCCGCGCCCGCCGACACGCCGCCCCUGCAGCGCCGCCCGUCGGUGCGCGCCGUCAUCAGCGCGGUGGGGCCCACCGGCCGCGGCCGACCCCGGGAGGACCCCAUCCCCGAGGCCGAGGGGGCGCCCGGCGCGGCCUGCCAGGAUCCGGGGCCGCGGGGGCCGGAAGUGCCGGGGCUGCAGGCGGAGCGCGAGGUGGACCUCCUGAACCACGUGUUUGAGGACGUGGAGAGUUUCGUUUCGAGGCUGCAGAAGUCGGCCGAGGCGGCCCGGGUGCUGGAGCACCGGGAGCGGGGCCGCAGGACCCGGCGCCGCGCGUCCGGGGACGGGCUGCUGACGCUGCGGGCCAAGCCGCCGUCCGAGGCCGAGUACUGCGACGUGCUGCGCAAGAUCAAGUACGCCUUCAGCCUGCUGGCCCGGCUGCGCGGCAACAUCGCCAACCCGUCCUCCGCCGAGCUGCUGCACUUCCUCUUUGGGCCCCUGCAGAUGAUCGUCAACACGUCCGGCGGCCCCCAGCUGGCCAGCGGCGUGCGCAGCCCGCACCUCACCGCCGAGGCCGUGGCGCUGCUGCGGGACAACGUGACUCCGCGCGAGCGUGCGCUCUGGGCCUCGCUGGGCGACGCGUGGACCAGGCCGGGGCUGGAGCUGCCCCCGGAGGAGGGCGCCCCGUACCGCCCCGAGUUCUGCAGCGGCUGGGAGCCCCCGGCCAGCGACCCGCAGGGCCGCCCCUGGGAGGACCCGGUGCACAGGCAGCUGCAGCACGAGCGGCGGCGCUGGCAGCAAAGCGCCCCCCGGGUGGCUGUCAAUGGUCACCAAGAUGCAGAGUUGGGAGCAGAACCACAGCUGGAACAGGAGCCCGCGGCCGGGAAGUGGGUGCGGUGUGACUAUGACUUCCAGGCCCGUAACAGCAGCGAGCUGUCGGUCAAGCAGGGGGACGUACUGCAGGUCCUGGAUGACCAGCGCAAGUGGUGGAAGGUUCGGGACCCUCAGGGGCAGGAGGGAUACGUGCCUUAUAACAUCCUGACGCCCCACGCGGCUCCUGUGGUGGACUGCGGCCAGCACCCUGCCCAGCCCCUGGAGCCCAGCACGCCCCCCGCCCCACUGGCCCCGGCCCCGUCCCGGCCGCGCUGGGAUAGCUGCGACAGCCUCAAUGGCCUGGACCCCAGCGAGAAGGACAAGUUCUGCCAGAUGCUGAGCGUGAACGAGGAGCUGCAGGCACGCCUGGCCCGCGGCCGCUCGCUGCCCGCACCCCGCGCCGAGCCCCGCGCCGCCGAGCCGCAGCUGGGCCGGCACUCCGACGCCGCCGAGGUGCGCGCCUGGCUGCAGGCCAAGGGCUUCAGCUCCGGGACCGUGGAGGCGCUGGGGACGCUGAGCGCCGCGCAGCUCUUCUCGCUGCAGAAGGACGAGCUGUGCGCAGUGAGCCCCGAGGAAGGGCCGCGAGUGUACAGCCAGGUGGCCGUGCAGCGAGCGCUGUGGCAGGACAGGGAGAAGGUGUCGGAGCUGGAGGUGGUGAUGGAGAAGCAAAAGAAGAAAGUGGAAGGUGGCACGGCCGCGGAGGUUCUCUGACCCCUGCAACACUGCCUCCUGCGGGGGAAGGGCUCUGUGCCAGCCCCCCGGACCACGGGGCCCCUAACCCCGGG